AUGGCGCAGAACGAAGACUGGGUUUCCGAGAUGAAGACGUGCAAAUCCUGCGACCAAUGUAGAAGCCGGAAAGUCCGUUGCAUCAUGCCGCCCGGCCAACAGCUCCAAUGCACUCACUGCAUCAAGCGGAAUGAUGCCUGCCAUUUCACUCAGACCAAGCGUAUCCCCCAGAUGAAGCGUAAGAGAAGGAAACAUGGCGUGGAAAGCACACAUGCGACGGCCGGUCAGAACCAUACACCGCACUUAGAGCCAACAAACGAGGGGAUUCGCAGUCAACUGACCGUCCCGCCGGUAUUACUGGACCAGAUGUUGGAAAACCAUAGUAGUUGUGGAAUGCUUCGGGAUAGCUUUGCCUUGCUGAGGACACCCGACCAUGACGUGACAAGUUCUAGCCUAGCCUUUUUUUCCGAGAGUCGAAUCCACUCCUUAUCCGAGCGACUGGGGAAUAACCGGCUUAACGAACUGGUCGAGACUAUCGAAUCGGUCAUCCGAUCGCGGCUUCUCGCCCAAGGCCCAUCCUCGAUAUCGCCCGUCACAUUCAGAAAGCCGUCUGAUAUCGAGCAAAUCCCGAUAGACAAGGUCAGGUUAUACGUAGACUCUUACUUCCAACAACUACAUCCAAUUUACCCCUUCCUCGAUCGCAAGGAGUUCGAGGAGAAGGUGCUUGGGUCUAAUCGGUCUGAACUCUUGAGUUCCAGCUGUGCGUUCUCUGCUCUGUAUCACUCUGUCCUGGCUCUCGGAUGCCAGUACCAGGAAGGCGGAGCGUUUGAUCCGGGGAGUGGUAGUGCAUGGAAGCUGUUCCAGGUGUCGCUGGGUCUUGUGUCGGAGAUAUUGAUCCCGAGGGAAGCCUUGAUGAGUCUGCAGGCCCUGGUAGCUAUGUCAAUAUUCGCCAUGAAUACCUGCUGUCUGCAGAUUGACGAAAUAUUGCUUAUGGAAGCCUCUCGAAUGGCCCAAUACCUUGGAUACCACAGGGCACUAGGUAGCGGGGACCAACGAUACAAAACCACAUGCCACCGGACCUUCUGGGUGAUAUACUACAUGGAGAAGCAUCUGUGUUUCCAGCGCCAAUCCGCCUCAAUGAUACCGGAUUACGACAUUGGGUGUCCCAUCCCCGACGUCCCGGAAUCCGUCUUCGGGGGUUAUAACUGGUUCCUGUCGGCCAUAGGCUUCGGGCGCAUUCUCUCACAAGCCUAUACGUCUCUCUUCUCGGUGAGCGCUGCAAUACAACCGACGGAGGCGUACCAUAUCGCGAUCAAAGAGAUUGAGGCCCGAUUAGAACGAUGGCGUAUGGCAGUACCUAUAGACUUCCGACCAGGGAUGCCAUUGCAGGAACAGAAUGUGCCUGCUUCUUCUUCCUUUUCCGAACCGAGCUUAAAGAUGAUCGUGCUUCAGACCAGCUUCUCCUACUAUGGAUUGAUUAUCGCACUGGCGAGGCUUAAGAUACACAUAGGUAGACAAUCACAUUCCCAACAACAGGAAACGAGCAAGCGACUGCUGAUGGAUACAGCAAGAGCUAUCGUGGAGGAAAGCAAGAAUGUCAACGUGGCUGCUCACACGCCAAAUUUCAUUUUGGCCGUGUUUCCUCUCGCCGCAUUAUUUAUCUUGUUUGAUUUCGUCGUCCAUAACCCAACGCAUCCAGAAACGCGAAACAAUCUCUCCCUCUUGGACGUAGCGGCCGGUCACUUCAGUCUGUUAGAUUACAAGUCUGGAGGGUUCCUGCCGGCAUCGCUUAUUACCGAAUUCGCAUAUAUUGCACGGCAGUAUGUCAAGGACUUUAGCAGCAAUCAACAACAACAACAGCAGCAACAACAGCAGCAACAACAGCAACAGCAGCAACCGCAGCAACAGCAACAACCACAACAACCGCAACAACCGCAACAACAAUACCCUAGCGAACUAGGCCCGUCGAUGACAGGAUCCACAUUGGCUAACACCGAGAUCUCUACGCAGUUGAAUCAACCGAAUAGCAACUAUUCUAAUGUCGAGUUGCAGCCUGACAUCAUGGAGUCCUGGGAACAAAGGGACUAUCUGUAUUAUCCCAUAACACCGGACACGACUGUUAAUGGCAUGGUUGAGAAUCCAAUGACGGCUUCACGUAGUAUUAACAGCUUGUUUGGGUUUGUGGUACCGAGGUUUGGACAUGGUCAAUAG